AAUAUGACCCCGGGGCUACAUGAGUGUCUAGAAACUUACACAGAUCACAGUCAUUUACUACACAUUUUUCUGUAGUUUUUUUGUGUUACUAAAUCAUACUUCUAUCCAUCAAUAAAUAAUUUUGGUGUUCCAGGAUACCUCAGUUUGUUACUGGCAUUAAUCAAUCACAUUACAUUAGCUCUAGCUGCCUGAGUGCUUGAAAAGCUAAAUUAUACUUGGCUAAUUGAGCUUCAUGUGGCUAGAAAAAAGGCAGAUAUUACAGGUAUCCCACCAAUUUCCUGAUGAUGCCUUUAGACUAGCAUAAAGGGAACAGGGCAGGUGUGCAUAGAAGAGAUCAGAUUGCUACAGCCCAUACACAGGCCGACAGUAUCUGCUGAGUGAGGCAACAACUUAGUGGUCCAUGUACGGAACCAACAGUCUGUCCAAUCAAUGUCAAGCUGCAGAUCAGCCCGAUAUCUACUGGGCAGGUUUAAAAAUACUGUUGGGCCACAUUGGACAGUUGUUGUGGUCUUCUGAGUAUGUAACAGCCACUAAGCCUGACCCCUCCCCCCCCCAGGUGUUAAACCGGAUUUGCCAAACAUGCAGAUCUUUCCCAAGUAAUAAUAGAUGUGAGAUUCAUUCCCAGGCAGUUGCCACAAUAACACAGACACUGAGAGUCUCUAGAUCGCAGCUAAUUUCUGCCAUGUUGCGCAGCCGGCGCCCCAGCCCGUACCUUCCCAGGCUUAGAAUAGCAGAGAAAUAGUGAGCGACAGUCUGUCCUUGACAUAUUUUCUAGGGGAAAUUAAUCCUAUCAUUGUUUUCUAUUUCACCCAGUUUCUAGUGAAACUUAAACACAUUAGUUCUAGGAAUGAGCGCCAAUAUACCUAACAUGGCUGCUGGAGCACUUCCUGUUUGGGAAAAAUAAAGAGGAUUCAUGGAAAUGAAUGGUUAUUUAAAUUUCACGUAUUUGACAAAAUAUUUGGCUCAAAAAAAUUGUGAUUUUUCAAACAAUAAUCUCAAUAUUUUCGUUUGACCUUACCAACAUUAUGGAGACCUUUAAUAAAUGGAAGAAUGAUUCUGUGUUACUUGAAAAAAUACCAAGUUCAAUUUAUAUGAGUUUAUAUGAGGCCAGAAAUAUUCUAGUUUUAGUAAAUCUGCCCCAGGGUGUACAUCUGCCCCAGUGUGUACAUACUACUUGCCCUCGGGCACAGGGGGGGCUCAUAGACAUCAGGGAAUUGGGGGCUUCACACCGGCCUUUAGAAGUUGUUACUUGCAGGGUUCCCCUAUCCCUUUGUACGUACACAUGCAAUUGCCUUGUACCUAGUAGUGCUUUUUAAAGCUGAAGGAAUUCACACAUGUAGGACUAGUUGGGGGCCACAUACAUAACUAGAGGCGCCCCUCACUGGCACCAUUUCAUUCUAACUAGAUGAGAAGUGGUGCCAUUAACUACAUAACACAGUGCACAUAUGUCUGACUCCAAUAACAGACACAUUCAGAUUUGUUGCCCCCCCCCUCACCCUGCACCAACAACCCACCUCCAACAGCCUUUCCCCUGGAAACUGCCACUUAAAGCCAGCAAUUGCAGCUGUGGCCCCAGCAAGAAGGCUAGUGUGUGUGGCGUAGGAGCCCAAGGCAACCCUGUACCAGUUAGGGACAUUAGUGAUUUGGGUGAGGUAAAUGGGAACCUGUAUUUAUGCCGCUGACAUAUAAUGUACAUAAACCUACAUAGAAACAAACUGGUUGAGGUUAAAAUGUUUAAUCUUUUCCCAGAAUAGUUUUAUUUCUAGCUAUGUUAAUAUCAUCAGUCUAAACAAAUUGUCAGACAUUAUAACAUCACCAUCAUUCAGCCAGUAUAACAUCACCAUGACGACCAUUGUGACAUCACCAUCACACAGCCAGUAUGAGCAUUAUGACAUCACUAACCAAAGUUUACUUAGAGUGUGCUGUUUCCUGCUGUGUCUCAUUCGCUUGUUGUUUGGCUACGAGCAACAAGCGAUAUGCGUUUCCAGCAUUUUUUCAUACAUUUUUUUAUUCUUUUAUUUUUAUUUUUUAUAUUCACUAAUUCAGCUACUGUUCCUACAUUAUUAUGUCUGAAAUGUGACAAGGAUUUCGAAAAAAUCAAGGAUGAAUUCAUACACUUAUUUGACAUGAAAGAUGUACUUGGAUCUUCCAAACUGGAUUUUAUUAAGCCAGCUAUAAAGAAAAUAUUUACUGCUACGUUUGAGGUAGUUAUUGCCAAGAUGGAAGAGAGGAGACUGGAUAAAAUCGGGAUAAGUGAAUUGGCCAAGGAGUUCAGGAAAACAAUGAAAUCUAUAAAAGAUACUAAAGCUAAAGGAACCGAAUUUAUCAAGGCCAUAGAAUCCAACAUCCAAGAGCUUAAACAGAAAGCCGAGAUUAUUGCUCAAACGUUUGAGCAAGAACGUUCAUGCCCCAAUCUGAAAGGUGGCUUCAAAUGUGGAGUUCUUGAGCAGAAAAUUAUUCAGUGCGGCACAUGCAAAGAGCAGACUCUGGUGUGUGUCGGGGGCUCCAAUGAGAAGAAAUGUGACGAAACUGUGUCCAACUGCCUGAUGUGUGUGUGUCGGGCAGGAGUUUGUCACCACAGAACAACUAAGCAACUGUGUCAGCCUUGCACAGGCUACCAGAAGUGCCUCAAUGAGGUGUUACAUUGUAAAGAUCAGGAUCUCCGAGUUGCUGAAGGCGAAGACCUAAAGUUUGACUGCAACCUAAAAUUUCUCAACCUUGUUGAUGAAAAGUUUGAAUUUGUUUUAGAAAAGAGAGAAGAAUCGGGCGUCUCAUCCACGCAGACCGCCAACAAACCGAACUUCCUUAUAGCAAAAGCCGGCAAGGAAGUUUCAGGCCGUUACAGCUGUACGGCAAAGGCCAAAGAUGUAAUGUUUCCAAUAAGCAGAGUGGAUUUUACAGUAAAAGUUGUGAGCCCACCAGAACCUGAAUUUCUGGGCUCAUCAGUUCCAUCUCCUGCUGAAAAAUUUAAAUUUAAAGAUAUCCGGUUGGCCAAGAUAAUGGUUAUAACUGGCACUGUAACCUGCUUGGCCAUUACUGCAUCGAUAAUGACCUGUAUAUGUUUAUUAAUAAGAGAAAGCCACAAAGAAGAAGAGGCUCGUGCCCAGAAGAAACAAACGGUACUGGAAGAAGUGAAGAUUUCCAUGGAUAGUGAGAAGAGCAAACCGGGCACUAGAGAAAAGGCAACACAAACAGAUGUCUGAGGGCAACAGCUAUUCCAUUUGUCUAUGGCUGUACCCCCAACGGCAUUCUGUUACGUGUAUCGGCGCAGGUUAAAUAUCAACAAACCUAAAGUGAUCUUAUUCUGCCCUGAAUACUUAAACAGCGCUCUCUCUUUAUACCCCCUUAUUCUAACACUCAGUUGGUGAGGAAGGGCGAUCGAGGGAUGGUGGGCGGGUUGGGGGUAUAAAGAGGGAGCAGACGCUGCUGUUGUGUAUUCAGAGCUGACAGAUCAGAAGAUCUAUAGAUUGAAAGAAGAUCUCUGUGAUUAUAAAAUGAGCCUGUCCCACCGCUCAUGGACAAGGAGCCAAUGGGGCAGAACCGUUGUGGACAUCGCAGAGGAGUCACAAAAAUCUUUGUUUUUGUCUAUAAAAAUACAAU